UCCUCAAUCCUCGUCGACUCUUAAAAAAAAAAAGAAAACGUCGACUCCUCCCACCUCCCAGUGACAUCUCCAAUCGCCUCCGUCCCCGGCGGCAGGCGGCGCCCCUCUCGCUCUUGCCCUCGGUACGGCACCUCCUACAUCUCUGCCUCAUCGCUUUAGCACGGUCAGUCAACCACCACGCCCGAGUCCCGACUGCGCUAGAUUCCACCCGAAGCCGGCGGCCAUCAUACCCGUGCGCGCUUGUUAGGCUGGAUCUCUCACCUCCACCGCCGGCAAGCGUGCGUGGUCUAGCGCCUCAGUGGUUUCAGCAACCUUAGUUCGGCCCGUAAGCUCGGGACCGACCUCAGAUUCUUCAGCAACCUUGUUCGCACGCUACUGACAUCAAGCUGUUAACAUCUGCGGGGCAGCCUUGGCGAAGCUGCCGACGAUGUCGUCUCUUAACUCGCUCUUCAACCGAUCCACCUUCGGGUUCGGCACAAAAUGCAAAACAUGUUUACAUCUCGUCAUUUCGAGGAUCAAGCUGCUGCGCAACAGGAGGGAGUUACAACUAAUAAAUAUGCGCAAAGAAAUGGUUCAAUAUCUUCAGACUGGCCAGGAAUCGAUUGCAAGGAUUCGAGUGGAGCACAUUAUUCGGGAGCAAAAUAUAUUGGCUUCCUACGAGAUCGUAGAGCUUUUCUGUGAAUUUGUUCUGGCAAGAGUCCCAAUUGUUGAGGUCCAAAAGGAAUGCCCCUUAGAACUGCGUGAAGCAAUUGCUAGUAUAAUCUUUGCAUCAGGAAGAUGUUCAGACUUGCCUGAGCUAAUGCAUCUCCGUAAUUUGUUUACCACCAAGUAUGGGAAGGAGUUUGUUGCUGGUGCUAUGGAAUUGCGCCCUGACAGCGGUGUCAACCACACAAUAAUCAAAAAGCUCUCGGUGAAGGCUCCAUCAGGUGAAUCAAAGCUAAAAGUCUUGAAGGCUAUUGCCCAAGAGUACAAUAUUGAAUGGGAUUCGUCUAAUACUGAAGCAGAAUUCAACAAGAAAUAUGAAGAUCUACUGGUGCCGUGGCGGUCUUUGCAAGUCAGAGUAUGUACGAGCCCUGAAGCGCUCGAUUGCAGCCACCACCGGAUGCGGCGGUGCAGACGAAUGAGGGCAGGUGCUCGGUCGCCGGAAGAGGGCGAUGAGGCCGACGACGACGCAGCAGGCGGCGGCGAGAGCGACUCCGCCCAAGAGCUUCAAACGGCUUCCAUGGACAGGGAGGCCGGAGAUCCAUACUAAAACACAACUAAAAACUUGUAGCAUUAAGGGAAUAAUACAAGGAGGGAUAGAGGAGAAAGGAGGUGGGGAAGGAGGAACCGGCCCUCCUUGUCGCCGGCAAGCUCGCCGGAGAGAAGGCAGGGGGCCGGCGGCGGGUCUAGCUACGACUCUCUACUGUCGCACGGAGGUGGCUCUCACUCGCAGGAAGGCGACUCCCCUGGUCAACAGUUGGAAUUGGAAUCACUCAUGUCAUCUUCCUUCCACAUGGCAACCGUUCUGUCAGUAGGACACGCCUAAAAUUUAUUAUUAAUUUUACAACUCAUGUCAUCUUACACUUCUUUUUACAACUCAUGUCUAUUAUUGGUCGUGGUCUACUUAUCGUGUACCCCGUAUCCUCGGUCUUAAUCGUGCCAUUUAGCAAUUGCAGAAUAAAUCACACUUGUCUUU